AUGGAGCCGGCGGCGGCCGUGCCGGGCAACCUCUCCCGCGGCGGCGGCGGCGGCGGCAACGAGAGCGGCGGGGCGGCGGCGGCGGGAGCGGCGGGAGCGGCGGGGUGGUCGGCGGCGGCGCUGGCCUCGCAAGCAGCCGCGCUGCUGCUCAUCUUCGCCCUCUCGGCGCUGGGCAACGGGGCGGUGGUGCUGGUGAUCGCCCGGCACCGGCAGCUCCGCACGGUCACCAACGCCUUCGUGCUGUCGCUGUCGCUGUCGGAGCUGCUGGGCGCCCUGCUCUGCCUGCCGCUGGCCUUCCUCAGCCUGCUCAGCCGCCCGCCCGGCGCUUGGCUCUUCGGGCAGCGCCUGUGCCUGGCCAGCGCCGCCCUCCACGCCGGGCUGGGCAUCGCCGCCACGCUCACCAUGGCCCUGCUCUCCUUCGACCGCUACUGUGCCAUCGUCCGCCAGCCCCGGCACAAGAUGGGCCGGCGCCGCGCCGCGCAGCUGCUGGCCGCAGUCUGGCUGGCCGCCCUGGCGCUGGCCGGACCCUGGUACGGGCUGGCGGGCGAGGGGCGCCGCGAAGCCCGUCCCGGCGCCUACCGCUGCGUCUACGUGCUGCCCUGGGGCUCCUCGCGGCUCGGGCCGCCCUACGGCGCUGCCCUCAUCGUGCUCUGCUACCUCCUGCCCUUCGCCGUCAUGUGCUUCUGCCACUUCAACAUCUGCCGGGCGGUGCGGCUGGCCGAGAGCCGCGUGCGGCCGCUCACCACCUACGGGCACCUGCUGCGCGCCUACGGGGAGAUGCGCACGGCCACCACCGUCCUCAUCAUGAUCGUCUCCAUCAUCUGCUGCUGGGGGCCCUACUGCAUCCUGGGGCUGGCCGCUGCCGCCGGCCGCCUGCCCUUCUCGCCCACCAUGGACGCCGUGGCCAGCGGGAUGGCCUGGGCCAACGGCGCCAUCAACCCCCUCAUCUACGCCGCCCGCAACCCCAACAUCUCGGUGCUGCUGCGGCGCAGCCGCGAGGGUGGCUACAAGACUAGGAACAACAUGGUCGCCUACCUGUCGGUGCCGGGCCGCCAGCCAGAGCCCCGGAGCCGGGCUGAGCGUGUCCGGGAACGCUACAUCAAUCGGCACAGCGGCCCCCCGGGCAGCGCCCUGUCCUCCUCCAGCCCGGCCAGCGGGGGAGAGGUGGCCAUGUGGGCCUGCAAGACUCCCGCUGUGCUCUUCUGCCGGGAUGGGCAGCCGGACACGAUCUCUGAGGCCACCUUGAAGGCCAAAGCAGGCACCGUCGACACCAGCCUCUGAAGGGAUGGGGGCCGUGGAGGCGUUUGGCUGUGGGGCUGUCUCCCCGAAGAAAGUCCUGGUGCUGGGAGCCCUUUGCAGCCAGACUACCAGGAAACUGGAGAGAUGGGACUGUGUUUCUUGUCCACUGUGUGAGCUCUGGUUUGCUGACCCAGUCUGCGACCAGCAAGAGAUCCACAGGGAAGGGAAAUUCCCCUUCCUUUUCUGCAGGCCUGAUGCACCAGUGACAGCCACCAAGCCCAGCCAAUGCAAGAGCUCAACUGCAAGAACAGGACAGUGUUUGCUCCAGUCCUGCAGAAAGUGCCGCAGUGAAGCUCAGAGGCCGACACACCAAAGCAGCCCAAAAUUGACUGACUCUGUGAGCUGUUUGUUAAGUGCCAAAAAAGCAAUUGAAAGCUGAGCAGUGGCAGCUGGAAGCCACUCUGAAAACACCACACUGUGAAAACUGCAUCAUGGCAGGAAAAUGUUGCUUUUACCCGUUAUAUGUGGAAGUGCCAACAGUCAUAAAGUCACAGGCUCUAGGACAGGCUGAAAAAGUGAUCUAUUUAUAUUAUUUUUUUGAUUUAAACCUCUGAAGCAUAACAAAAAAGUAAUUGUGAAAGGGAAGAUGUACGAUACUGGGAGGGAAGGAAAGGAAGGUGAUACCUCAGUUGUCAGAAUUUCAGCAGCCUUUUCUCUUUUUUUGCAGGUACAGUCAACUUAAAAUACUAUGAAUACGAGAAACAUGAGUUCCUCAGACAGACUGAGGUAAAGGGUGUGGGCGUAAACUGUGCUGUGCACAAGAUGUGUGUUUUCUUUUUGAGCUCAUCCGAAGUGUCUCACAUCUCCAAGGGUUUUACCAUAAUUAGAGGAGCUGUGUGAGAGAAGUGUCUGAAAGGAGAGGUAAAGCAAUACCAUGUGCUCCCUGGGCGCUCUGCAGUAUGUGAAAAUGUGUAUAUGCACAGAACAAAUAUUGUUGUAUUGAUGGCAACAAUCCAUCCAUGGAGUACAAUAUUUAAAAAACAGCUCUGUUUGCUGUUAAAAAAAAAAGGAAAAAAACACCAUGCAAGUGUGAUUGCGCAGCAUAAAUUCGUGUGAAUUUAUCAGUGCAAUCUUUUUGUUCAAGGGCCCAAAGCCUUAAAUUAGUAUUUUGAAUCAGAAAUUAAGAUUUGGCCUUCAUUUGUCUUUGCCAGAGUUAAGUGUGAGACAGCGUUUUUCCUUGUACAGGCUUUAAAAAUACGUUUCAGUUUUACCAGAUUUUUCAGCUGUUUGUGAUGCAAAUGAACAUAGUAUCAUUAUUUUGUAAGUGAGACAAGAAAUAAAUUGUCUUUUAUGCAGGA